UUAUCUCUGACCAGUAAGUCAUUUAAAGAAAUCCCGCGCGAGCCUGCCUUGAUUCCUUGUAUUUACUAGUGCUUACAUCGCACACACCACCUUCGUAGCGCGCGCCGAAAUUCGGACAGGGGAGCCCAGCCUUGAAAUGGGGUCGUGUUCCCGCCAACGGGCAGAAGAAAACCUUUCCCCACACAUCAUCCCAUCUCCACUCUUAGGUACCCUGCCAGUGCGCGCCGAGCCGACAAGAUGCCCAUCAGCUACCUGCCUCUUGGCGAUCCCCAUUUGUCUCGGAACUUCCGUCUGCUGAAGAUCCACCCUGCCGGGGAGGGCAGCGUGCUUAAAUGUUCGCUCAAGCACUUCUCUAUCCACCAGUCCCCGCCGUACCGCGCCAUCUCCUACACAUGGGGGAGCCCUUUCUCGGUCGGCGAGCGCAAUGACACCACCAAACUCGAGACCAUCGUAGUCGACGGCAAGCCGCUCGAAGUCAGCCAGAGCGUCGCCUCUGCACUCAAGGCCAUGCGAGACUGGCAUCCAGCCCCUUCGGAAUGGAUCUGGGCCGAUGCCAUCUGUAUCGACCAGUCCAACGUCUACGAGCGCGGUCAGCAGGUCGUGCUCAUGUCGCAGAUCUACUCCCAGGCGGAUACCGUCUUCGUAUGGCUCGGGCCAUCGAGCGAGGACUCGGACAUCGCCUUGGGCCUGCUACGAGACCUGGCGAGUGACCGGCGACAGCCGUACCCGCGAUCUGCGAUCCUCGCCAGAGCCUCUGAUCCUCAACAGACCGGCAGAUGGCGGGCCUUGGCAACGUUUAUGGGUCGGCGGUGGUGGGCGCGUGCCUGGGUCCUCCAGGAAAGCGUCUUGGCUCGCCAGCUUCACUUUGCAUGCGGUAAGACGCUCGUCCACGGUGAUGACGUGCUGAACGGCUUCGACGCCACCGAGGACUACCGGGACAAGAUAUACAACCUGCUGUCCGACGUCCACGGUGUCGCGCUAAACGUCCAUAGCGGCAAUGUGAUCAACGGCAUGAGUCGCAUGAGGACUGCUCGGAUGAUGGGGACUGUCUACAGCAUGCAGAGGUGCCACUUCCGCUCCAUGAGUGCCCAAGCUACGGAUCCUCGGGAUUACGUCUACGCAAAGCUUGGAUUGGCUUCGGAUGGUCAUUUUGUGCGGCCAGACUACACGAAAGGCGUCAUGGAAACCUACAGAGAUUUCGUGGCGGGCUACAUCAAGGCGACUCGCACGCUGGACAUCAUCUACUUUGACGCGCGGCCGAGGGAGACCCCAAACCUGCCGAGCUGGGUUCCGGACUGGAACGCCUCGUUCGGCGCGGAACCCCUCGUCCCAGACCACACAGUGUCGAUUUCAGCUGAAGUGCCGCUGAUCCAGGAAGAGCUCGCCAAAAACCAGCAGAAGGACGCCACCGCCAGCUUCGACUUUGACACUGACGGCCUGAGCCGCCUGAUCGUCGACUGCUGCUUCUUCGACACCGUCGACGGCGUCAGCAAGGCGGGAGAGGUCGGCUGGCAGGGCGCCGAAGCCAGGCGCCCCAUGUCGCAGUCCCAGCAGGCGCACUCGGCAUACGGAGGCGAGGAGCCCACCUUCGACGCCGUCUGGCGCACCCUGCUCGCGAACAAGGGCUUCGAGGACGGGGAGCUCCUGCCAACGGCGGGUGGCAUCCUCGCCGCCUCCAUGGCCCCCGCCAACGUUGCGGAUCCCAAGAGCGGGCCCCGCUUCACGAGCUACUGGGAAAACCUCAAAGACCUCAAGGUGGCCGACAAGACCGUCGAGGAGUGGAUGAAGUGGGGGAGGGAAACCCUUCCCGCCCCGCCCUUCACCCUGGAGGAGCAGUUCGAGGUGGAGAGCGCGUUUGUCGACGUCUGGUACUUCCGCCGCUUUUUGACUACGACGCGCGGCUAUACCGGCGUGGCCUCGUGCGAAACGGAGCCUGGGGAUUGGGUCUGCGUCCUCAAGGGGAGCAAGCUCCCAGUCAUUCUCAGGCGGGCUAAGAUAGGCGGCGACAACGAGACUGCUAAUCCCUCGUCGGGCCACUGGACCUUGGUUGGACAUGGAUACGUUCAUGGCAUUGUAGAGGAAGCGCAGAGCAAACCGUUUGUGACUGCUAGCAUCAUCUAAUUGAAGGUAUUAGUGAUAGCUGUUUGAGUAGUCUGUAGAGCAGAGUCAAGAGCUUAUAUAGUCAACCCAAAUGCACGAGUACUGUCCUUUACUGCGACUGUCAAGUAGGAUGGCAACGAGUGGUAAUCAAGCUAUAAUCCGCUGCUG